AUGCUGUACGAAUUAAUUCUUCUGGGAGUUACGUCGAUCUUUCUUCUGGCUGGAUGUUCCAAGAAAAAAGCGGCUCCAUCGGUAGCCAAGUCGCCUGUGAAUCCUCCAAAGGAGGUAGCUGCAAGCACGACAAAGUCUCCAGUGAGCAAGUCUCCAGCAAAGGAUACAGAGGGAGAUGAGAAGAAGGAUACAGAGGGAGAUGAGAAGGGUACAAAGGGAGACAAGAAGGAUGAUGAUAAGAAGGAUGAUGAUGAGAAGAAGGAUGAUAAGAAGAAGUCAGAUGAGAAGGACGACGAGAAAAAAGAGGAUGAUGGGGAGAAGAAAAAGGAUGAUGAUGAGAAGGACGAUGAUAAGAAAGAAGAUGAUAAGGGCAAGAAGAAAGAAGCUUUAAUUCGUGUCGAUCCAACAGAACUCACUUUUGAAACAGCAACCACGAGCCAGAAAAAGCUUCGUUUGAAAAAUUUGACGAGCAAGAGAUUGAUGUUCAAGAUGAAGGCAUCUACUACGAACGCUUACUUGAUCAAUCCGGUAUUCGGGAAAAUCGAGCCGAACAACUUUGCGGACGUUAUGAUAACGCAUCGACCAUCGGCAAAGAGAGAGGAUAAACUUGUGAUUUUAACAACGGAAAUGUUGGGAAAAGAGAUCGAAAUGGCAAAAACAUUCAAACAAAUUAAGACAACUGGUGCUGAUGUUAAUGUCAAACUCGUCGCUGCUUGA